CGGGUGCCGACGCGGGAGGAGGCGGAUCCGGCUGCCGCCCACUUCUCAGGGGGUUACGACAGCGCCGCCGCCCGCCCCCGCCGGCCCCUGGCGACUCGCGGGCACCGGGACCCGCCUGGCGAGACCCACACGUGGGCCCGCGCGGCGGGGGGCGGGGGCGGGCGCGGCGCCCCGCGCAGGACUACAAGUCCCACAAUGCCCCGCGCGGCGGCGGCGGCGGCAGCGGCGGCGGGGGGCGCUUUCAGGUGUCUGCGACCUCGGCGCCUCCCGUCCGGAAGUGCCCGAGGGUCCGCGAUGGAGCCGGCGGAGCGGGGCGCUCGGUAGCACGGCGGGCACGGCGGCUGCCAUGGCCCUGAUUGAAGGGGUGGGAGAUGAGGUGACCCUCCUGUUCGCCGUGCUCGCCUGCCUCCUGGUGCUGGCCCUGGCCUGGGUCUCCACCCACACCGCCGAGGGCGCCGCCCCGCCGCCCCAGCCGGCAGGACCCCCCGCCGCGGCUCAACCCACCGAAGCCAUGGAGGUCUCCGACGCGCUCAGCGGGGAGGCGCGGAGAGCUGAGACCCCCAGCCUGAGACAUCGCGGCGGCCCCGCGGUGCAGCCAGACCCCGGCGACGGGCCGCCAGCAACACCCCCGCCCCCGGACGCCCCCCAAGAGCCCCUGGUGCUCCGGCUGAAGUUCCUCAACGAUUCAGAGCAGGUGGCCAGGGCCUGGCCUCACGACACCAUCGGCUCCUUGAAAAGGACCCAGUUUCCCGGCCGCGAGCAGCAGGUUCGGCUCAUCUACCAAGGGCAGCUGCUCAGAGACGACAGCCAGACCCUGGGCAGCCUGCACCUGCCGCCCAACUGCGUCCUCCACUGCCACGUGUCCACGCGCGCCGGGCCGGCGCAGCCGCCCUGCCCGCCCGGCGCGGAGCCGAGCCCGUCGGGGCUGGAGAUCGGCAGCCUGCUCCUGCCGCUGCUGCUGCUGCUGCUGCUGGUGCUGUGGUACUGCCAGAUCCAGUACCGGCCCUUCUUCCCGCUCACCGCCACGCUGGGGCUGGCGGGCUUCACGCUGCUGCUCAGCCUGCUGGCCUUCGCCAUGUACCGCCCCUAGUGCCUCCGCGGGCCCCGGGCCCCGGCUCCCCGCGCCGCGCCGGCCGCUGCUGCCUGCCCCGGCGGGCCUCCCGGGCCUGCCUCUUCCCGCUGCCCUGGAGCCCGGCGCUGCGCCGCAGAGCGCCCCGGGGGUCGGCCGCCGCCCCUCCCGGCGCCCCCCGGGGCUCGGGGCCGCCUCCCCGGGCGGCAGCUGGCCCGCAGGCGCCCCUGGCAGCGGCCUCGUCGGGGUCCGGCAGCUGCUGCCGCUGCCUGGGGCCUGGGCAGAGCCGGCCCGUGCCCCUGGGCCCGUCCUAGCGCCCUGCCGGGGGCCGCGGCCACCUCCCGGCCCCCCGAACUCCUCGGGCCGGUGCGGGGACCCAGAGACGCGGGGGCGUGCAGGGAGGUGGCGGGGCGCUCUCUGGAACCCGGGCAGAUUAAAUGACUGUGAACUUUUCA